AUGAGUGAAGUUAGUGAAAUGAUUCAGGAAAACAGUGUUUGUAUGCAGUCUGUUGACAUGGACUUGACUUGUCUUCCUCCUGGCAACACGUCCCUGCAACAGACUGAUGCACCCAUUGCAGCUGAACAGCAGACAAUGAGCGUUUAUCUCAGAGUGAGGCCUUUCUCUAAAGAGGAGCUCUCUAACAAUGAGGAUCAGGCUUGUGUUGUGAUUGAAAACAGCCAGACGGUGACACUGAAUGCACCAAAAGGUUCUGCCACCAUGAAGAGCAGUGAGAAAGGAAUUGGCAUGUCACUCCACAAAUUUUAUUUUUCACAGAUUUUUGGGCCUGACACAACACAGGCUGAGCUGUUUGAGAACGCAGUCAAAAGCCAAAUGAGUGAUUUCUUGGAUGGGAAGAACGCACUGAUAUUCAGCUAUGGUGUAACCAAUGCUGGGAAAACCUUCACAAUCCAAGGAACUCCAAAAGAGCCAGGAAUACUGCCUCGAGUGCUGGAAAGCACUUUUCAGUACAUUGGAGAACAUCAGUAUCGGGGAAUGGACCUGAAGCCCUACCUCAGGAAUGGUGUGCAGUCUCUGGAUUUUCACCAAGUAAAGCAGGAAGGAAUCACUAAAGCUGCCAUUUUUGCUUCAAUUAAAGAAGUAAGGACUCAGUUCUGUCAAAUGUAUUCCAGAAAAGAGAAGAUGGGAAUAAAGCACUUGAGUGUAGUGCUGUUUACAUUCGUAUGUCUCUCCUCUGUGCUGACCAGCAACCAGGCAGAAGCAAAUGACAGCCAGUUUGCCUUAUGGGUGGCUUUCUUUGAAAUCUACAAUGAGUAUGUGUACGAUCUUCUCCAGCCAUCUUUGUGCUCCAAAUCCAAGAAACGUGCCUGUCUCCGUGUAUGCGAUGAUGGUGCUGGAAAUGCUUAUGUUAAAGACCUCAUUUGGAUCAACAUUCAUAACCUGGGUGAAGCCUCCAAGCUGCUACACUUUGGGAAUAAAAACAGAAGUGCUGCAGCCACAAAGAUGAACCACUCAUCUAGCCGAAGCCACAGCAUAUUUACCAUGAAGUUACUGAGGAUCAAUGGAGGGACAGCUGAAAGGGUCUCUGAGUUCUCUCUCUGUGAUCUGGCCGGCUCAGAAAGAUGCAACAAAACAAAGACUUUUGGAGAGAGGCUUAAGGAGGCGGGUAACAUUAAUAAUUCCCUGCUUAUUUUGGGGAAGUGUAUCACUGCGCUCCGCAACAGUGGGCCUGACAGAACGAGGAGCAUCCCCUUCCGAGAAAGCAAGCUCACCAAGCUGUUCCAGGCUUUCUUCUGCGGGAAGGGAAGGCCCUCCAUGAUUGUCAACAUUAACCAGUGUGCUUCCACCUAUGACGAGACUCUCCAUGUCAUGAAGUUCUCAGCUGUUGCCAAACAGGUGGUGCAGGUGAUCCCAGAUAAGGCUCUAGAAUCUCUGGCUCCUCGUCUCGUAGGUCGUGAUGGCAAGCCCCUGCUGAGGAAUGGGGUGUUUGACAGCGACGUCCUGCAGAGUUACCUUUCUGAAGAUGAACUGCUUGAUGAAGAAGAGGAGGCUGACAUGUCUUUGUUGCCACAGAGUGAACUUUUGAAUGUGGUUGAGAAUUUAAGAACAAAGCUACUGGCUGAGCGAAGAAAAAACCUGCUGCAAGAAAUCGAAAUUCGCAAAGAAAUGGGAGACGCCAUGUUGCAGCAGCUGAUGGAAAGUGAAGAACUCCGCAAUCGUCAGAUCGAAGAGCUGAAGGAGAGCUACCGGGAUAAACUGGAAAACACAUUUGAGAUGUACAAGGAUGCUAUUAAAGAACAUGCUUAUCACAGCGCUAUGACCAAUCUGGAGGAUAACUAUGUACCGCUCGAUGAGUUCACUGCAGAACAGGAGAAAGUGGAGGCCCUCAGGCGUAAAGUGUCAGAGUUGGAGGCCUUGACUUCGAGGACCGGUGUAGUUCCUGCUGCUCCAACCGUGGAUCAAUCGAGCCAGACUGAACCACUGAAAGAGGCAGGAGAAGCAGGAGAUGAUCGAUACAGGCGCCUUCACAGAGAGAAAUGUGCCAUAGAGCGGAUGUGUGAGGAUAAACAACAGCUAAUUUUGUCGCUGGAGAAAAGGCUGAUGGAGCUUAAUGAAACACUACAGAAGGUCAGAGAUGGUUUUAUGGAGAAAUCAGCUGAUCUUGAGGCUCUGCAGAGGACGGCUGAUGAUCAGAAAAAAUCCAUGGAAGAGAUCCUACAGCAAAAUGUGGAAAAAGACAAGGAGAUUGUCUCGCUGAAGGCAGAAGUUGCCAAGCUCUCCCAGAAGUCCCCUGUGCAAGCAAAGACUAAGCGAGGCCUUCUCGCCAACAUCAGGGAGGCUGUCACAUCACCACGGAAGGGAACGUCUGCCCGAACACUGAGGAAAACGGGCAAGACUGUACACCAUUGA